AUGGCGGAACCAAUCAGAGUAGAGGACACUGCCCCUCUCACGGCCAACAGGUUUAAAAAUAAAUAUGUGUCACGCACAGUUCGCUCCCCUUUUUUUUUCCCUCGCGCCAUCCUAAUUCACCCUCAUUUUUAUUCUUUAUUUCGCAGGCCGUUUAGCGGUUGCUACAAUAAGUUUUACGAAAAGGGAACGUACACCUGUAUCGUUUGCGAUCAGGAAUUAUUCUCCUCGGAUACCAAGUACGACAGCGGAUGCGGUUGGCCUGCAUUCAAUGAGGUUUUGGAUCAAGGACGCAUUAAAUUGACCAAAGACACCUCUCAUGUCGGCGGCAAUCUACUACUGCUGAUCGCAAACCCAGAUAUGGUGCGGACCGAAGUGACCUGUUCGAAAUGCGACGCACACCUGGGACACGUAUUCAACGACGGGCCGAAACCUAUGAGGAAACGUUUCUGCAUCAAUUCCGCCUCCAUAAGCUUUCACCCGGCGGGAGAGGAGAAAAAGUCUACGUAAAAUAAGCUUAUUAUUUUAUAAUACUUCCGAUAUUUAUGUGACUCACAUGUGCAGUCAUAUAUAAUAUAUAUAUAUAUUUAUAUCUCGUGUUAUAAACAUUAUAAAAUACCUCUGAUUUAUAUUUAUAUGCAUUGUAAAGAGAGUGUAAUAAUCAUUAUUGCCAAUACCACAUAGGCUGUUUCUGUAAAAUAAAAGUUCGUAUUAUUAUUAUAUGUAUAUAUAUAAAAUAUAUAAUGUUUUUAUCACUUUUGAUGCAAUGUGAAUACUAUAUCGUCAUUAAUUAAUCUUUCUAUGUCAAUUACUAUAUAUUCCUUUGAUUUAUUCUAAUAUUUAAUUAUAUAUGACUUUUGCAUAUAUUCGCGAAUAUUCCUUUCUACGUUACAGCUUCUGCAAAAGUUUACCAAGUAUCCUAUUUACAUGCAGAGAUAAAACGUUUCCGACCGACUUUUCACACGCGACGAGAAGCUAAUUCUAUGUUAUCAGUUCUGGAAACUCCGUAUUGUGUACUGCUUACUCUCUCGAUAUUACAAAUAUACUAUGUACAUAUCCGUAAUAAAGAGAACAAAAACUCCCACACAAGAUGUAUGUAUACUACGAUGUGAUGCGAAAAAGCGCGCGAUAUUGAAAGGAUGAUGAAAAUGUCUAAUCAAAGAAUGUUAUUUUUUCAAUAAAUGCCAUAUGUAAAAUA